GGUGCCGAGGCCGCUAAGCAAUGCAGUCCCUGCUCGGCGGCGGCACAAAGCUCGUCGGGGCCCGCGGCUCUGCCCUACGGCUACUUCGGCAGCGGCUACUACCCUUGCGCCCGCAUGGGCCCGCACCCCAACGCCAUCAAAUCGUGCGCGCAGCCCGCCUCGGCCGCUGCCGCCUUCGCCGACAAGUACAUGGACACCGCGGGCCCGGCGGCCGAGGAGUUCAGCUCCCGCGCCAAGGAGUUUGCCUUCUACCACCAGGGCUACGCAGCCGGGCCUUAUCACCAUCACCAGCCGGUGCCCGGCUACCUGGAUAUGCCGGUGGUCCCGGGGCUCGGGGGCCCUGGCGAGUCGCGCCACGAGCCCCUGGGGCUUCCCAUGGAAAGCUACCAGCCCUGGGCGCUGCCCAACGGCUGGAACGGCCAAAUGUACUGCCCCAAAGAACAGACGCAGCCUCCCCACCUCUGGAAGUCCACUCUACCCGACGUCGUCUCCCAUCCUUCAGAUGCCGGCUCCUACAGGAGGGGGAGGAAGAAACGGGUGCCUUACACUAAGGUGCAGUUGAAAGAACUCGAACGGGAAUACGCUACCAACAAAUUCAUUACCAAGGACAAACGGAGGAGGAUAUCAGCCACGACGAACCUUUCUGAGAGGCAGGUCACAAUCUGGUUCCAGAACAGGAGGGUCAAAGAGAAAAAAGUCAUCAAUAAGCUGAAGACCACUAGUUAAUGGAUUAAAAGGUGGAGCCGAGGGCAGCUUGAAGAAACACCUAAGGACUCACUUCUUUGCCCAGGUGAUAAUAACGCUUAAUAAUAACAGAAGAAUGGAAAGAGAGACACUGACGUUUUGCUCUCCUAAGGGGAAUCUCUUUCUCUUCAAUGGAAUCUACAGUUUGAAAAACAAAAACAAAAGCCUUGAGAAAUGGUAGAGACAACCCCUGGAGAUGGUUAAAUGACAAACUCUAGAGUCAACUCCUCAGCCCCUAAAACACACAAUUUCAGAUAAAUUACGAAUUUACUCAAA